UGCCGGAAAUAAAAAACUGGCAAGCCGGAGAAUUGCCGUCGUUGCCGCCGCUCGUCGCGAAGAAGCCGUCGUAUCUCGUCACGAGGAUUAGCGCCAAAGACCGGCGUGGCGCGCGCAUUGGACCUCUUCCGCGGCGCAAUCCAGCGGGGGCCGCAGGGUACUUCGGAAAAAGAUAGAAAAGAUAAGAGGAAUUCGCAUUGAUAGAUCGUCGGAGAGAUAGUUAGAGCAGAAGAGAAAGAGAGAGACAAGAGAGGGUGGGUGGUUCACGGCAUGCGGUCUUGAGAGCACGAACAGGUGGCGAGGCGAGAUCGCUCUCUCUCUCCCUCUCUCUCUCUCUCUCUCGCUCUCUCUCUCUCUCGCCGGAGAACUCGGUGACUGCGGAAGGAGAGAGCGCACGCGAAGGGAGGGAGGUGGCACACGACGCGUGCAGUAAGAUACGCGCGCAGGAGUAACAGGUACUGUGUAAAAAAAACAUACACCCCUCAAAUAUUCAUUUCUUCUUUUUCUUCUUCCCCCUUUUUGUCCCGCCCCUCGCACUUCUUCCCCUCUACAAGCCCUCGCUGUACAACCCCUCGAAGAGGGAAAACUUUGGAAGUUGCUAACGUUUCCAUGGGAAACGAUCCCCUUUCUGUUUCUGGAAAGUUCACGACCCGAAAAUUGUCUCAUGUCUUGUUUGUCGCCUUCUGACACCUUUCCGAGCCACCCUUCAAAUAAUUCGUCUUUCACUGAGUUAAUAUUUUAUCAAGUUUAGCCUACAUCGACGAUAUCCCUUUAAGGAUCGAUGGGGAAAGAGAAGAGAUGCAAUCCGCUUAUUAACGCGGCUGUUGAGAGAAAGCGGAUUUAAAUCGUGAGGGUGCACGCGCGAUUCUGUGGUCUUUCUCCGCUUCCAUCGUCAGCCGAUUUGCCGAGAUCGGAUAAAGCUCGGAACGCGUAGAUUACGAACGUAAAGGUGUAAAAAUAUAAUAAUUAAAGUGAUACAACAAAAAUUGAUACGCAGAUAUUUUUAAAAUGGUAUGUCUGGCGGCUGCUAUAAAAAAAAAAUGGACCCGUAUCGCUGGGCGCGUAUCGGAAAACUCCCAGUGCCACGCGCGGCUCAGGAGCUUUAAAUAAAAAGUUAUCGUAUAAUGCGACGCAAAUAUUCUUACUUGUAAACAGGUUGCUUGAACUUCACACUGUUCUCGUUAUUUUAACGGGACGGACACGAUGUGGUGCGCGCAAACCGUAAAACAUCGACCAGUUAAAUCAAUCAUUGAAUUAUUGAGCUGUCAAAAGCCUUAUUCAUAUUACAAAUUACAUAAGCGCAUAAAGCAGUAAUAAAACCAUGCGUGGGACAUUUUAUUGAAGCGUUUAGACGCGCCGAGAUAAUGUAUCUUUAUCGCGGACGUCGAGGAUUAAAAUAAUUUUCUUACUAUUUAAUAUAAUAGAAUUGCGGAACUAAUGUAUUGUUAAAACCGAUAUCUCAGAAUAAGAAUUAAUACGCGAUUCACUUAGAUGAAAUGUUAAAAUUGUGCCGAAUCGUCCCGAUUCGAUCGGAAGCAAUAAUGAUAGAUGAUUAUUAUUGAAAUCGCACUCGAGUAUAUCGAUUUUAUUCGUAAAUAGUUUAAGAUCUUAUUUCCGCGCGUAAUACCAUCGCUUCAAUUUCCUGUUUUCAGCAUCGCUGACUUGCGAGCUGAAACCGGCUCGCGAAACAAAUAAUCCCGAUAUAAAAUAGCGAGGCAAUCAACAGAUCGAAUGCAAAAGAGAUGGCGAGGCGUAAUGUCGCGGAUUUUCGAGUUAGCGCGAUCGGGAAAUUAACUUUGAAAGCACAUCGUUCGAUUCGAUCACCAUAAAAUGACGUUAUUGCGCGGAUGUGCUUCAGCGUAUUUAUGCCGAUACUUUGCGGGACACGGUGUGGUUCAACAUUUGUUUAGAGUUGAUGAAUAAUCUCGGUUAUAUCGAAUCGGCUCGGUAACAAUAUUUACUCGUGUCGCUAGUUGACAAUUCUUCUGUACAAAUAACUUCAUUGUGAUGUCCCUGCGAAAUUCGAUAAUAUUCCGCUACGAGGAAUCAAUACACUCUCGUAAACAUAUCGCCAAAAUGUCUAUCGACAAAAUUUAUCGCCGUAAAUCGAACGCGAUGAGAGCAUGUUGCGGUUGGAGGAUGAACAAUUUCAUCAAUAUAAACUCGCUUUUGUGUUCCGCUGCUUAUCCAAAGGGUUUUCUUUACGCGUUUACAGAUGCAACGGCGCAGCUUCGUGAGCUGUCGAUGAAGCUGCGUAAACCUGGUUCUUCGAAACCAGCCGGGAUACCGUGACGCGCGUUAACGUUCGCACAAGGCGUUACUUUCUUGUGGCGCACAAGAGGCAUUAUUAAAACCUAAACAAGGUAAUCUGGACAAUCAAUCAUCGCUGUGAAGAUCAACGAGGGGAGGCGAACUUCUGAUAACAACCUGUGAUCAUGCUCAGUCCCAAAAUGCAAAGAACUGUGAGGGUAAAUGACGCUCAGCUAGUCAUGCUCUCGGAGAAAGCCCAUUACGAUCAUUCGCUGUCGGGAUAUUUGCACAAGCGGACAGCCGACUCCACCAAGUGGCAACAACGAUGGUUUGUUCUCUAUCAGAAUCUGCUAUUCUAUUACGAGAAUGAAACCUGCUCACGCCCCAGUGGUGUCGUUCUGCUGGAGGGCUGCUAUUGCGAUCGACUCAUCACCGCCAAAGGCAAAGAGCCAGAUAAACAGCACUGUUUCGCGAUAUCGUACAGGAGGGAGAACCAGCGGCAAUACGAGCUAAAAGCGGCCACAGAGACGGACUGCAAAACGUGGAUCGAUGCAAUACGAGAAGCUAGCUUCAACAAAUUGUUGCUGCAAAAGGAGGAGCUCGAACAGAAGCACCUGCACCUGUUGCAAAUCGUCGAAAGCGAGAAAACGGCCAAGUGGCAGUACACUCAGCAAUGCGAGGAAUUGGCGUCGGAAAUAAAAAAGCUCCGAGCUGAGCUAUGCGCCUUGAAGAAGGAGCUGAGGCCUUCCAUGGUGCCGGCAUACACCCGUCGAACAGGGUUUCAAAGAGCCAUGUCUCAGGGCACCGCGAGUUUGUACAAUGCACAUCCAUUCGGCAGUGCUUACGCCGCGGGAACGCCUGGAUUACGUGGCAUUUCGGAGGGUUCCAUUGAAAUGCAGAAAAUUAAGAAGGUUCAGAGCUUCUUCAGGGGCUGGCUAUGCCGCCGACGUUGGAAACAGAUUGUGGAGCAGUAUAUCAAGAGUCCGCACGCUGAAAGCAUGCGCAAGCGGAACAGUCUGGUAUUUCAAAUGGUGGAGGCCGAGGAGGAGUACACGGAGCAGAUGGAGAUUUUAGUAAGCUGUUUUCUGAGGCCUUUCAAGAUGGCUGCCAGUUCAAAGAAACCCCCAUGUAGUCAUGAGGACGUGAAUAGCAUAUUUUUGAAUAGCGAGACCGUGCUGUUCCUUCAUCAGAUCUUCCUGAAGGGUCUCACUUCUCGUAUGGAGUGCUGGCCCACUUUAGUUUUAGGUGACUUGUUCGACAUGCUGCUACCGAUGUUAUCGAUAUAUCAAGAGUACGUGCGAAACCACCAUUACAGCCUUCAAGUGUUGACUGAGUGCAAGCAAUCGUCACCCCCGUUCGCGGCAUUGCUCAAUAGGUUGGAGAACAAGACUGCCUGCCACGGACGAUCCCUGGAGACCUUUUUAACGUAUCCCAUGCAUCAGAUUCCCAGAUACAUAAUUACUUUGCACGAGUUAUUGGCGCACACGCCGUACGAUCACGUGGAACGUAAGAGCCUCCAGAAUGCCAGGCAACAGCUGGAGGAUCUCUCGAGACAAAUGCAUGAUGAGGUCAGCGAGACUGAGAAUCUGAGGAAGAAUCUAGCCGUGGAGCGAAUGAUCAUCGAAGGAUGCGACAUUUUAUUGGACGUCAAUCAGGUCUUCGUUAGACAGGGUACGCUCGUACAACUCAUAGACAAACCGCGCGGUGCGCGAAGCAGAUUGAGUGCUACAUUCGGCGGUAAAUCAAAUGACAAGGAGGUUUCCAGACAGUGCUUUCUCUUUUCGAAUCAUCUGCUGCUCACGACGCGCCAGUCCGACGACGACGGUCGCUUAAAUUUAGUCCCGCAGGUCGGCAAGAUACCUCUUUCCGACGCAGUACUGAUUGAAGACCCGAGCGAUCAGGGUGCCGCGGAUGAUGAUGUAUGUUCGAUGUCAAGCGGCAUCAGCGAGAGUAGCGGAAGCGGCAGCGGCAGCGCGACGACUUCCCAGUUGCAGAAUCGCGACUUCAAAAUCCUACUGGACGUAAAAUCUGGCGGACCGCAGGUGACCGUCCAUCUCGUGGCGCCUACUAUGCAAGAAAAAGCUGCGUGGAUCAGCGACAUCAGCCAGUGCAUGGACAACGUUCACUUUAACGAUCUGCUCCACGGAUCGUUGUCGGACACCAGCUCUGUCACGAUGCCGCAAUCCAUGCGGAACGACCCGAAGCUGUUCAAGGACGGCGUGGACAUCAGAUUCAGUCGUACCUUAAACUCCUGCAAGGUGCCGCAAAUCCGUUCCGCAACGCCGGAACGUUUGUUGCAGCGACUGACUGACCUCAGGUUCCUCAGCAUCGACUUCCUCAACACAUUCCUGCUGACGUACCGGGUGUUCACCGACGGUGUCACCGUGCUCGAAGCCCUCAAGAAAGUUUUCUACGAAGCCGAGCCACCGGAUGCGCAAAUGCCCACCGGAUCUCUCGUAUCUCUAGAUGUAUUAGGAGCAAAUGCAAACGACUCGCUAUUGCAGUCAGAGGAGCGAAGGAGAAGCAGCUUUUCGCCAAGACGAACUAGCGGUGCAAGUUCAGUAUCAGGAUAUGGCUCGGAAGUGAGCGACAGUCGUGAUGCGAGGUCCCAUGGGUCUUACGACGCUAAUAUGAGCGGACAUAAUUCGAAAAGUCAUUGGCGGUCAAAUUAUAAAAAGCUGGAAGAAGAACAAUCUCUCGGACUGAUUUCCGAAACUCCAAUCAUAAAACGUAGUCCAAUGGUACAAUCAUCUAAUCCAUCCAGCACGUCGCAGUCCCCGAUUACACCACGAAAAGUCAGUAUUCGCACGGAUAAUAAAGAGGAGAGCGACAGAUGUCAUCUCACGAUACCGAAAGUGAUAGCUGUGUCGUCAAGCUCUGAGACGCUAACAGAUGUCACAGUAAUCAGUGCACCGUCCUCGCCGAGUAACUUGAGCUCCGUGACACUAGUUGGCUCCACAGGAUCCGGAUCUGGAUCCGGAUCGGAACCGAGUCCUCAAGAUGGAGGCACUUAUUCGCGCGGUGUCUCAGAGGAAACCGACACACCGAUCGCAAUGGAUGAGGAUGCAGGAGGAGCACGAUUUGUUUAUGAUGCAUCGUCACGAUCACUAUCGAUCGAGUCUGCCAAGCCGGACACGCCGAAAACACCUAUUUCUCCGCUAAGCAAGGGAACCGAAACGAAGAAAGAGGAGCAAGCCACGACGGCUGACGAUGAAAAUAUAAGCUCCCCUAAGCCAGUCAGUCAACAGAGUCAACAGCAGCAACAAUCUUCAGAGCACAGGUCGUCGAUCGCUUCCACUUCAUCGUCCACCGCAAGAAGCAGUUCGAUCUCCACCAUAACUGGCAAUUAUUGGUCAACCAGACGAUCCAUGCAAGAGGAGAGCUCAUCGCAGCAGAGCAACUUUCAGCACGAGCAAGUGUCCAGCAAGGCUGGUGUGGUCAUAACCAGUUUUCGCCAGAGUCAUCGAAGCAUUGGACCUGAACCUCUCUGGAGCAGCACGUCCACGGCGGCGGCCGCAUUCGCCAUCGCGACUUCCGCUUCGAGCAAUCCACCGGACAAAGGACCCGCGAACGACGCAAACAAUCGUGCCUGUCGGGACAAAAACAGGCGGAAGGAAUCGAUAAUGUCAACCGCCGCGACGAUGAGAGUGCUGAACGUCCUGAGGCACUGGGUGUCCAAGCACGCUCAGGACUUCGAGCUGGAUCAGAAACUGAAGAGCCUGACCAUCGAGUUCUUGGAGGAUAUCAGUUACAGUCCCAAUCUGCUGCCGGCUGAACACAAGGCAGCCAGUCAACUGCUCAGGCUAAUUACCAAAGAAGAAACCGAAAGCAACAAGAUCGACCUGGCAAAACUGCUAGCUCCGCCACCAAUUCCAAGCAGAGAGAGCAUAGAGACGCUAUCUGCGCUUGAGAUCGCGGAACAGAUGACAUAUCUGGAUCAUCAGAUAUUCAUUUCUAUCGCCAGCGAAGAAUUUCUCGGACAAGCGUGGAUGAAGCCGGAUAAGGCAACUCGCGCGCCUCAUAUUCUCCUAAUGACGAAGAGAUUCAACGAGGUGUCGGAGUUAGUCCUCUCCGAAAUUAUUCGUCGCUCUAACAUGUCGGCUAGAGUCGCGGCUAUCGAGAAAUGGGCCGCCGUCGCCGAUAUCAACAGAGUUCUGCACAAUUACAACGGCGUGCUACAGAUUUGCGCGGCGUUAGCGAAUAGCUGCGUGUUCAGGCUGAAGAAAACUUGGGAUAAAGUUUCCAAAACGACAAAGCAGACGAUAGACAGACUGCAGCAUAUCGUCUCGUCUGACGGACGAUUCAGAAAUUUGCGGGACGCCUUGCACCGAUGCGACCCACCCUGCAUCCCUUACUUGGGUCUCUAUCUCACAGAUUUGUCAUUUAUCGAAGAAGGCACUCCAAACAUCACCGAGGACGGUCUUUUGAAUUUCUCGAAAAUGCGAAUGAUCGCCCAUGUUAUUCGCGAGAUACGACAUUUCCAGCAAACCCCCUACAAGAUCGAAUUAAUCACUAAAGUGACCAACUAUCUGCUGGACCCGGCGCUCCUGCUGAACGACAAAGACUUAGAUCGCAUGUCCUUGGAGAUCGAGCCGAGAACGUCCAGAUUGAGUAAUGCUAAUAUAAUCAAUCCGCCACCGCGUCCAUGAAGUGAAUUGGCUUCGUCGCGAAAAAUCGUAAGACAGCUAUAGUUCAACUCCGCUUUUGUUUCGUAACAGACGAAAAAGAUUAUUCGAGAGAAUUAACUAUUUGUUGCGAACGGCCGAUCGUCGCGAAUGCGACACGUCGUGUCGUGUUUUCAACCCCGUCCACUUCUGUCCACUUCCGCUUGUAACGUUGUGACGUUCACUUACGUUGUCAUUUGCGUUUUCACGUUUCGCGAUAUAUUUGCGCAAAGCGUUAGACAUGUAAGCUCAACAAUGAUCUCAUCGUCGCACAGAAUCGGCCUCUUAUUUGUGGAAGAGAAUUUAUCGAUUGAUAGAUAUAGUAAUUGCAGUAAACGUGAAUUGAUUAGAUUUCGAUGGAAUUUCUGUGUUGCUAAAAUUAUUAUCUGUUGUCUGUAUUAAUUAUUCUAUUGCUGUUUUUUUUUAGUUUUAAGGCGGUGUUCUAUUGAUGCUAUAAUUGCAAAGUUGCAAAUGAGAGAAGAAGAAAGUCAUAAAUUUUUUUGAGAAUACUUAACACGGUAAUACAAGUAUUUUAUAAUUUCAGACGAUUAAAUUACGCGUGGCUGUAAAAACUGCUAGAGAGCGAUGGAACAAAAACUUUACUUAAUGAAGAUAAUGCUUAAUGCUCUCUCCAUGCCGUCAAUUUGCGAGGAAAAUAAUUCGAAGCUUGAAACUGUGUGUGUGAUCGGUUUGAUCUGUCUGAUAAAUGACGCAUACUUCACAGAUUAUCCGAAUUCUUUACGAGAUAGAGGUUAGCAUUGACAAAGCGAUCUCAGUGAGAAAGCAACAAAAAAAUUACUGAUUUUAAUUUAGCCCAGCUCAAUCAUGCUAGUAUUAUUAUGCGAAGCAUAUAAGCAGUUCAAGUAAGUAUCUUUAAGAUAACAAAUGAGAGAAGCGUAAGAGGUGAUUGGAGAUUGUACUCUGACAAUCAAUAGCAUAAAGAUAUCGUUUUUUUUUUUUUUUUUAUAUUUAUUCCAAUUGUUGCUACGAGUUUCAAAGCAAAAAGCUCGCUUGUCAAGCAGUUGAAAACUAAUUUCCCAACCUUUAAUCAUCCUUUUCUAAAAGUCUAUGAAAAUAUCUUAUCAAUUGUAUUGCGAUAUAUCUCUCAUAUUCUUAAAUCCGCAAUAUCGACAUUUUUUCAAACUAAUAUCCCGGUGCUGAUUCCGGCUUGGUACUUGUUAAAGUUAAUAUUUAUGCAUCCAAAGCUGCAAGUUUCCUCUGUUUGCCAAGUGAGGUACAAAUCUUAUAUGGAGAUACACACAUAUCAGCUAUAUUUGAUAUAAUUCCAGAUUCAAUGUCUCACUUGCCCGCCUCUAUAUUUUUAUUCAAUAUUUAUAUCUAUAUCAAGAGACAAGUACACGACCAGGUAGUUCGGCGAGAAAACCGAGAUUCCGUUGACCACACACUAAAGAAAGAGGCGGGAUCUUACAAGCGAAAUUUAUAUACAUAUAUUAUAUAUAUACAAAUCUAUUUUUAACUUUACGUUUACUAAGAAAUUCUCGGAUGCGUUUCGGCGUCCGCAAAACUCGAUGUUCUCAUUGUGCGAGGCGCAUACGAUCCUUUUGAGCGCAAACACGGGAAUCAUGGCGUGCGGACCACGCGUUUCUAAUCAAAUACAAAGGUUUCCCUCCAAGUGCCAUCUUCGAAGAGGCAACGAACAAAAUCCAAGCUACUCGCGUUUGCAUCUUCGUGCAAGUAAUACACUUUGACCGUUUGACUAUCGAGGACACUUAUCAGAUUGUUAUCGCAAUUGUUCGUCGACAUUAAUAAGUUGCCACUAAAUUUAUCUUUCAGCGCAGUAAUAUAUAAAAUAUGUACAAUGAAUAAAUGUUGAAUUUUAUAUAAAUAUAAAAACGGAAAGAGAAAAACGCGGAUCACGUUUAUUGGCCAAUUUUCUGAAUCGCAAUAAAGAAGCGCCGACGCGCUCGUUCUCGGAUAAGAAAUGAAAGAAAGGUAUGUCGUUCCUUGAUGGUCAAACAAUUUAAGGACCAAUGCGUAUUAUACGAAGUAACACGUUGCCGGCACAUCGAUGUAACGUCAAACAUUCAGACGUUAUAACAAUGUAACGGAACGUGUCGUUUUAUAUAAUGUGCAUUGGCCUUUCAGCUAUCGUUAAAAGUCGACUCGACUAUAAUCUCCGGGUGAUCCGCAGACCAUGCAUGCAUCUUAUGUCUCCGGAAGGUAUCGGUUAUGGUUUGCACGCUGUCCUGAUUUUUCAGUAUGUGAUACUGUUAUGGGUAGACUUGUAAGUCAUGGAAGAAAAGAGUACUUCUCAAUUUACACGAUUUAUCAACCUCCCGAGAAUUCCACGUUAAAUUAAAUCGAUUAAUGAGAUAAAAUUCCUUUUGCAAAGGAAGAUUUUAAUUUUUCCCUGGUUGUUAUUCGUUAGAGAAUUAACAAACAAAUUAAUCGUGUAAAUUGCAAUUUACUUGCAGAAUUUAACGACGCUUCAAUUGACUCGUGUUGCGCAAGCAAUGUUAAACGUUCAUUGUACAGCGGCGAAAAUUAUUCCAGGAUCUUGUGUUCAUCUGUAAAUUUUUUUAAUAACUACGAAGCGUCUGAGGAAACAAAUAUAUUCUCCACUGGAAGUUCAAAGAUACGGGGGAGGGGAGAAAGCUGGAGAAAUAGAACUCGCGAUCGAACGUUUACGAAUUUUACGUUUACGGGUGUGGAUAAUUUUACAAUUAGAGCACGGAGCAUAUCACUGUCACAAUCAAUAUCGUAAUAAUUAUUAAUGUCCCUUAGAUACCGAAUAUUCCCGUUCGCUCAAGCGGCUAUAAAUUUCAAGAUGUUGCAUGUGAUACGUCUCGGCAUAAAUUGACUGCUGAUUUCAUACUGCAUCGUCGCGAGAAACUGCGUUCAAAAUGCAUUAGAAAAACUGUGUAUUAAAAUUAUUUCACGUAAUUAUAUCUCGAAAGAAAUCUCUUCAAGUUUAUACGAGAGAGAAGUUUUAGCUUGGAAAUAUCUUAUUCUUGGAAACAAUCGCUUUUUCGGCACUCAAUGUGCCUGCAUUUGAAACACUCAAAUUUAUACAAUUCGUGUUCCCGCGAUUUUAUUCCGACCGCGCAUCGUCGCUGUCUUCUCUGUGAUUUUAAUGCCAAUUCCUCUUACGACUUCAUUGUUUUACCGUCGCGAACAAUCCAAACCAAGGGUGGGCAACGCAAAGCCCCUUCUACUGAUAAAAUGGCCCGUAUAAUAGCAGUAUGAAGUGAUAUAACUGCGGUUCAGUAAAAUGAAAACAUCAUCAAAAAACCGGUAUAUAUUAGUAAUUUUACGUUUAGUUUUAGCAUAUGGUAUAUAAUACCUGAAGUUACAUUUUUGGCGGAAUCGUGGCAGAAGCUUAACAAAUUUUUUGCAAUGUCAAGUUUUAAAUUAGAUUUUUUCGUGAUAUUUUAAUUUUACUGAACGGCAACAGAGUUUUGGGAUAGCCUUUAGAAAUAUUGUACCUAUAACGCGCCAUUCGAAAACGUUGCCCGUCUCUUAUCGAAGCCUUGUGCCAAUUUGAGGGAAAAUUGCGCGACGAGCGAGAGUCGACUGCAUCAACGAUUCUUAUUAGAGUAAUUCUAAUAGCGAUCCCACAUCCCUUUUUAGAUUGUAAUUCAGACUAUGAUAGUAUUAAAAAUAGAAUAUAUUGAAAUAAUUAUGUGAAUAGCGCUAACUGAUGUCGAUGCAGUCGACCCUAAGAAAAAAAUGUCAAAAAAAAAAAGAGAAAAUACGGUUUAUAUUUAAAAUUCAGAACAUUUUAACGUGUAUCUGUUUGCUGUAUUCACGUUGUGUAGCAGAACUGUCCAACUAGGCGUUUCUGAGCGAGCAUUUCUCUCUUGUUCGUCUCCCACUCGCUCGCUCAUGCAAACGUCGCAAGUUAAACAGUUCUGUCGUAUCACAUAGAAGAAUAUUUUCUAACUAGAAUGUACAAAGAUAGGAUUACGAUCGGUUAAUGUCUUUUACAAAUUGCUGUCUUGAUAAUUCUUGGUCAUCCUAUAGAUAUUAUCUUGUUUGGUCAUUGCGUUAAAUGUUAUUAACUUUGUGGAAUAAUCUUGUUUAGUGAAAUUUUCUAUUCACGUUUCACUUAACGUGAAGUGCCAUUUAAGCAUUUAACAAAUAUCUACGUACAUUAAACGUUUUUAUGGCGGCAAUUUAAAGAUUAUACUGGUUUAAUAAUUAAAUUAG